AUGAUAACUCCCUACUUCGUGGACAAUUUCUGGGGUGAAAAGAACAAUGGCUUCGAUGUGCUGUACCACAAUAUGAAACAUGGACAGAUUUCCUCAAAGGAGCUGACGGACUUCAUCAGGGAAAGGAGCGUCAUCGAAGAGUCCUACGCCAGGUCCAUGACCAAGCUGGUCAAGACCGCGGGGAACUUUUCACAGCUCGGGACGUUUGCCCCCAUGUGGGAGGUCUUCAAGGGGUCCACAGAGAAAUUGGCCAUCUGCCACAUGGAGCUGGUGCGCAAGCUGCAGGAACUCAUCAAAGAUGUGCACAAGUAUGUGGAGGAGCAGGCCAAAGCGCACAAAAAGACAAAAGAAGAGGUGGCGUCCACAUUGGAAGCUGUGCAGAACAUCCAGAGCACCGGACAGGCUCUACAGAAGUCCAAGGAGAACUACAACGCCAAAAUGGUGGAGCAGGAGCGCCUGCGCAAGGAAGGCGCCGCCCAGAGAGACGUAGACAAGGCGGGAAUAAAAGCCAAAAAAGCCACCGAGACCUACAAGUCGUACGUGGAGAAGUAUGCCUACGCCAAGUCUGACUUUGAGCUCAAGAUGGAGGAAACGGCACAGAAAUUUCAGAAUAUUGAAGAAAGCCACAUCAUUCACAUUAAGGACAUCAUCAAGUCCUACUCGCAGUCUGUGGACGAAACGCACGUCCAAAUCGGAGAGGUUCACAAUGAAUUUGUGAGGAACGUGGAGAACACCUCUGUGGAGAGCUUAAUACAGAAAUUAGCCGAAAGCAAAGGAACGGGCAAAGAAAGACCAGGGCCCAUUGAGUUUGAAGAGUGUAACACCGCCAUCGCCACUGAAGGUGCUAAACCGAGAAGAAGAAAGCCUUUUGGCAUCCCAGGACGCAGGAAAGACAAAGACACAGAUUCCACGGAAUCCACGGAGGCAGAAAGUAACGUUCCGCAAGUCGACGACGAGGGUUUCUGCAUCCGGCCGGAAUCCAUGGAGAAUGAUGCCAAAGAGAACUCCUUCUACUCGUCCAGCGACUCUGAGGACGAGGACGAACCGCGCAAGUUCCACGUGGAGAUCAAGCCCGUCCAAGCCAAUGACGACACACACCAGAACCGCGCCACCAUCGAUGAGCUGAAAGUCUCCAUCAGCAACAUCGUCCUGUCGCCGUCCGUUUCGGGCCAAAUGCGAAGAAACCAAUCCAGUGACGAGCUAGCCAAAGCGAGGGUGCCAGCGUCAUACGAUCUGAGCAACAACGACCUCCUGUCGCUGGAUCCGUUGGGCCCGUUCAUGACCACCGCCGCCUCCUCCCAACCGGGGUCCACGUCCACAGGUAGCAGCCCCAACCGUCCGACGACCCCUCUGGCGGCGGGCGCGCUGGUGCCGCCGCCCCGUCCCUCCUCCAGGCCCAAGCUUCCCACGGGCAAACUGAGUGGCAUCAACGAGAUCGCAAGACCCUUUAGUCCGCCCAAAGCGCCCGGCGCCAGCCCUCCCCCUGCUGCGCCUCUUGCCCGUGCCGAGAGCUCUUCGUCCCUGUCGUCAAAUGCUUCGCUCAGCGCCGCUAACACGCCGACCGUAGGGGCAUCACGUGGUCCAAGCCCUGUCACGCUGGCGUCCCAGGAUGCUUUGCCCAUCGCCGUGGCCUUCACCGAGUCUGUCAACGCCUACUUCAAAGGCUCCGAUCCAAACAAGUGCAUCGUGAAGAUCACUGGCGACAUGAUGCUGUCCUUUCCCUCGGGCAUUAUCAAAGUGUUCACGGGCAACCCCUCGCCCGCCGUGCUCACUUUCAAGUUGAAGAAGACAGGCCGGCUCGAGCAGAUCCUCCCCAACCAGCAGCUUCUCUUCAGCGAUCCGUCCCAGAGCAACUCGGAGUCCAAAGACUUCUGGUUCAACAUGCAAGCGCUGACCGCCUACCUCAGGAAAUCCGCCGAGCAGAACCCCGCCGCCUCCUACUACAACGUUGACAUCCUCAAGUAUCAGGUGCAGUCGGACGGCAUCCGCUCCACGCCGCUCAACCUAGCCGUGUAUUGGAAGUGCACGCCGGGCUCCACUGACCUGCGCGUGGACUAUCGCUACAACCCCGACUCCAUGGCAGUGCCGGGGCCGCUGGGAAACGUUCAGAUCCUAGUGCCUGUGGACGGCGGUGUCACCGGCAUGCAGUCGCUGCCCGACGCCCUCUGGAACGCGGAACAGAAUAAAUGUCUUUGGAGGUUGAGCGACGUUUCGGAAAAGUCUGAAAACCAAGGCUCCGGUUCUCUGCGGGCCAAGUUCGAGGUGUCCAACGGCCCAUCCAACCCGUCCACGCUGGCGGUCCAAUUCAUGAACGAGAGCACUACGCUGUCCGGUGUGGACAUGGAGCUGCAGGGCAGCGGCUACAGGUUGUCGCUUAGCAAGAAGAGGUUCGCCACAGGUCGCUACAUGGCCGACUGCUGA